AUGCGCUGUUCAUUGACUGGAUGGGAGGGGCCGAUGCCAGGUCUCUUCCGAGGCAUUUCAGUAACCCUCUGGAGGGACGCUCCGAGCCAUGGUGUGUACUUUUAUGUCUACCACCGCACCAAAGACAUCAUCGACUCCUGGGAACGAAAUGAAGGCUCGGCAGCCGGCGGGUCGUCAUUCGGGAUGUUUGUUGCAGGCGGAUUGGCUGGCGCGGCAUCCUGGCUGUCCGUUUACCCGUUGGACGUCUGCAAGUCCCGGAUGCAGGCCGAGGACCGGUGCAGGUCGCCCUACAGGACGUGGCUGGACUGCGCCGCACAGACCUACCAACAAGAGCGCGCAGGCGCAUUUUGGAGGGGCCUGACACCCACCUUGUUCCGCGGCUUCCUUGUCAAUGCCGCCAUUUUCACAUCCUACGAGAGCUGUAUUGGCAUUCUCGGCGCGUGA